GUUUGUCAUUUCCGAACCGUACCGAAAUUAAAUGCAGUGUUUGAUUGGCAAUAUUCCGAGUGUGUGUACGCAACUGUCGAGUCGGUGGAUGCGGAAGGAGAUAAAAGCACGGUACUGCACUGUAUACCUGCUCUGGGAAAAGCAUCUCCUGUUGCCAGGAAAGAACAAAGGACACCGCCGCUCCAGUUGCGAACACCUUUCUCGAUCCCAAGUAAACAGCUUGUUGGCCGAAGGCUCCAGUUCCACCGUUCGAGCGCUCGAUCUUCUCAUCUGGCUAAUCUUUCCUAGAGUGCCGACUUUUAGCGGUCCAUUGUCCGGGGUUAGGGAUGCUGAUGAUGACACAUUGGAAGAAAAAUACUUUGAGCUAAGAAAGUUCGUAAGACUCUACAGGGAUAAAAAUCUUCUAAUGGUACUGUACCGAAGUGAACGUGCCAUAGGAACGAGACUGUCGGGAUGGGGAUCGGUGAGAAUGCGAAGUGGAUCGCUGGGGGUUUUGUCAGAGAUAAAUAUUUUCACGUUUAUCGACAGGAUUUAUAUGAAAAUUUGAACGUUUGACUGAUAGCUCACCGCC